GGCUGCCAAAAGAAGUUCUUCAUGUAGAAAGAAAAUGACAGGGGUCAGACACGCAGAUCUACAUAAGAAAGGAAGAUCAUCAGAGAGGAAGAAACGAAGCCCCGGAGGCUGCACACGGGCCCCCCCCCAGGACACGCCCGCGGAGCUCAGGCCCUUUGGCCAUGGACGUGGAGACCACGCUGCGUGCCCGGCCGUGGCGAGGUGGGAAGAUGGCCUGGGUGCCCGAGAUGGACGAGGUGAUCGAGUCCGGGCUGGUGCACAUCUUCGCCGCCAGCCUCUCGGAUAUUGUGCAGGAUCUGGGCGCCGGUGCCGACAGCAUGAGCGAUGUGUUGGCAUUGCCCAUUUUCAAACGGGAAGAUUCCAGCCUUCCACUGGAUGGUGAAACUGAACAUCCACCCACUCAGCAGGUGAUGUGUGCUGCAACAUCACCAGCAAUAAAGCUGCAUGAUGAAACACUCACUUCAACCAAGGUCAGUCUUAGGAAAUUUGGAUGCUGGAUAAUCAGAAAGUGGUACAGUUCCCAGAAGCAGACUUUGCUGUCUUUUUACACUGUAUGCUGUUUGGAAAUGAAUGUAAAGACUUACUGUGGGCACUUUCCUUUCUGUGCCAGUCUGGCUUUUACUGCCUGAAUUUCAUGCUGACUUGGGGCAAAAUAUCAUUCAGUUGUUUCAGGGGAAUAUGACCAUAUUUUAAGUCAUAGCUGAGAAUUCUUAAAUUUUAUUAUUUUAAUGUAAAUAUGCGUCUCAUAAUGUGGCCAAAGCAUGUCUUUUUAAAAGAAAAGGCAUAUAAUAGGUUUUCUAUAUUAUAACAUGUAGUAAAACUGUUUGUAUAUUUAAUUAUUUGUGAAUUUAUUUCCACCCUUGUAAUAUAUAAUGUUGAAGGGAAUAAAAAGUCAAAAGCCAUUCAUUAUUAUAAGUUAUUGGCAUAAGAAGUGCUAAAAACUCUCUCUUAUCUCAAGGAAUGGAGUAAAUUUAAGGCAACAUUACUAGCAUGAUUAAUUGCUUCCCUGUUAGCUUUUAAUCAUAAUUUCUUUAAAGUAACCUAAAACUUUAAACAUUUAAUUUGAUAGCAAAAAUUUCAGAAAAGUGGCUUUAUCUUGCUAAUUAUGCUAAAGUAUUAGUUUGACUACAGUGUUCACAGCAUUUAUUUGGAGAAGAAAUGGACUUUUUGAAGCACUGAACCUUCCUAAAUCAUCCCAUUAAGUAGUCAGGUUUUACCUUUGACAGUAUUACUUUUUAUUCCCUCAUGUCUCAUAACAAAAUCUUUUAAUGUCAAAAAACUGUAUUUCUCUUAUAGAUUUUCAUAAAAUGUUAUUAAAUUCCUAAAUAUGCCAACAGCUUUUAGUAGGUUGAAAUAUCUCAGAGGAGAAAUUGCCUAUUUUCACCCCAAGUUUUGAGAAGGAUGCUGUUUGAUUAUUGGUGCAUCGUCACGAUAAGAGUAUUGCUAAAAUAAAGCACUAAUUUGAAAAUUUUAAAAAAAUUUAAUGAGGUUUAGUAAAUUAAACAGUUAUGCAUCAGCCACUUCGGUGUCAUUAAUUACAUUUGCAAUGUUGUGUUACUAUCACCACCAUUCAAUUCCAAAACUUUCUCCUUACCUGAAAAAGAAACUAUGUAUCUAUUAACAAUUAAGCCAAUUCCCUUCUCCCCUAGCUCAUAUUAAUACUCUCUAAUAACCUUUCUGUCUCUUUGAAUUUUCUUGUUCUAGAUAGUUCAUAUAAUAAUCAUACACUAUUUUUCUUUUUAAAAUCAGGCUUAUUUCCUCAAUGUAAUAUUUUUAAGUUUCAUCCAUGUAGCAGUGUGUAACAGUAAUGCUGUCACAUGUUCCAAUAUCCCCCAACUCUUCCAACUUCAUCAGUACUAUGCCUUUAUCUUUCCCCAAAGUUAACUUCAUGGGAAGUUGUGCCCAGAGGGACAAAUAUUAAGAAACAGUUAACUUUGUCAGAAAUUAUGUGCAUACACUGUCUUGGCUCCAUGCCUUUGUCCAUUCCCACUAUAAAACUCUGCCUUCCCCUCUGGUCAGUGUGAACCAUAAUAGCAAAGAAUUGCUACUUCUUCUCCCACUGCUGAGGAGGAUUGUGCCAUGUAAAC